CUAUGACAGAUAUCUGCUUCGAUUUGGUCGGUGUUGAGAAAGAGAAAUCCGAAUCAAGAACUAGAGGAUGCAAGAGAGCUCUGUCGGAUGCCACGAAUCUCGAGGAUCCAGGCAGGACAACAUGCCUAGAAUACGAGGAAUGGAAAGAGGCCGUUUUGUCAUCCUCGAAACAAAAUCCAUCACCUGGGGCUGUCAGAGACCAAAAGCAAACGCGCUUAAACUUUGAAAGAAUGUGAUUUUGAUAUUUUGUAAAAAAGGCAAAAGUAAAGUUACUCAUUUUUAAAAAA